ACGCACGGUCUAUGAACGCGCACAGGUAGAGUUCUAUAAACAGAGUUCAGGUUAACCUGGAAAUCACAGUCGCGGUACUCGAGGAAGCAGAUUUAAAGCGGCAUUCACCAAUAUGUCUGACCUAUCAAGACCUGGGUAUUAUCGCCAGGACGUGAAUAAAACCAUUUGGGAGGUACCGGAGAGAUACAGAGAUCUGAAACAGGUGGGGACCGGGGCAUAUGGUACAGUAUGCUAUGCAUUUGACCGGAGGACAGGGGCAAAAGUGGCCAUCAAGAAACUCCAUCGUCCCUUCCAAUCUGACCUGUUUGCCAAAAGAGCUUAUCGGGAGCUCCGGCUGCUCAAACACAUGAAGCAUGAUAAUGUAAUUGGGCUCCUGGAUGUUUUCACUGCAGACCUUUCUCUAGACCGAUUCCAUGACUUUUACUUGGUCAUGCCUUUCAUGGGUACUGAUCUAGGAAAGUUAAUGAAAAUGGAAAGACUAUCAGAGGACAGGGUCCAGUAUCUGGUCUACCAAAUAUUGAGAGGACUCAAAUAUAUCCAUGCUGCUGGAAUCAUUCACAGGGAUCUCAAACCAGGCAAUCUGGCAAUAAAUGAGGAGUGUGAGCUUAAGAUCCUGGAUUUUGGUCUAGCUCGGCAAGCAGACAGUGAAAUGACGGGCUAUGUUGUGACACGUUGGUACAGAGCACCUGAGGUCAUUCUUAGCUGGAUGCAUUACACAAAGACCGUGGACAUCUGGUCAGUCGGAUGCAUCAUGGCAGAGAUGCUGCUAGGGAAACCACUAUUCAAAGGAAAUGACCACCUGGAUCAGCUGAUGGAGAUCAUGAAGAUUACAGGGACGCCCACAAAAGAGUUCACAGCCAAACUCCAGUCUGAAGAUGCUAGAAGAUACAUAGCAAAGUUACCAAAACUUAAAAAGAAAGAUCUCCGGGCAAUGUUACCAAAUGUUAACCCACAAGCGAUUCAUGUGUUAGAGAGCAUGUUGCUCCUGGACCCUGAAAAUAGAAUAACAGCAGCAGAGGGACUGGCGCUUCCUUUCUUCUCCGAUUUUCGUGAACCAGAGGAGGAGACCGAGGCCCCACCGUAUGACCAUUCACUGGAUGAGGCUGAGCAGUCAUUGGAGCAAUGGAAAAAACUCACCUUCACUGAAAUUCUGACCUUCUAUCCGGCACCAGCGGUGGCAGAAUCUAAAGAGACGGCUCUCUGAGAUGAUUAUUUUUACAUCAUCCAGGCUUUACUUAUUAUUAUUUUUUUCCACUUUCCAUAUACAGACUUUGAACUAUUUUUGUGAGUGAGUAUGCCGUUUAUUUGUAGCUUAUUAUCCUGUUGUUUGCUAGUGUUUGGCACAACUGAACUAUUGGCAGACUAGCAUCAUUUUGAGUGAGCUGAAGAUUUUACUAUAAAUCUUUGCAAGUAUGUAAAGUAGCUAUUUUUAUUAGUAGUAUUUUCUCAAGCAAAUCACAUCACUAGCAAACAUUAAUUCUGACACCAAUACACUGGAGAUAAUUUCACUGAAAUGCUGCAUUAUAAAUAAGUGCAUGUUUUAUAUGGUUCAUGUUUAGUCCUAAAAUAGAAAAAAUUAAAUAGAAAAACAGGUUUCAGGUUUUUGCCAAACCCCACAGCCAAAUACUUCAGUGUCUACAAGAGUAAUAACUGUACAUUUUAAAACGGUCCAGAAAAAUCACUAUCAAUGUUUAUGGUAUUAUAUUUUUAAACCAGGUUUACAGAAAAAGAGAGGUAGAAUGAUUAAAAGAUAAUUUAAUACAUUUCCUGCUUGUGAUGUUUCUAAUUCUUAUUCUUGGUUGUUGUUUUUAACUAUAUUUCUGUGUAUUUGAUGGUUGUACUUGAACUUGUUUGAGAUUAAAUAGAAUUCUGGACAAUGUCUCAUGAAAUCCAGCAGAGGGCGACAUCUACACUUACUCUGCAUUUUCUGUAAAAACGUUUCAUAUGAAGUUCUGUUUUUAUUUAUUUUAUUAAAUGUUUUCUCAUGUAAUUAAUUUAGUAGUGAGUAUUGCUGCUACAUGCCAAUACUGUGAAGGUAUGUACUGUAGUUUGUUUGUUUUUUAGCUCAAAGUGCUCAGUUAACCACUGAACUUCUAGUUUAGGGACACAAUUCCUUUGUGCCAUGUGAGUCUUUCUCUGUUCCUGUAGCCCGUAUUUUAAUACCUGGCCUUUUUUGGCCUCUGUUUAGAGUCCUUGUGUGGUUCAUGUGGUCAGAGAUUGUUCCUCAAGGAAAACAGAGGAGGGGGAAACAUACAUUUUUCAUCCUGCUUGCUUCUUGGCAGCCAGAUGUACUGACGCUGAACGAAAGAGGAAGAGAAGACAGCAAGCAAAGCCUGCAAAGUUUCUUCUCUCAUUGGUUUAUUUAAAGAACUUCUCUGAUUUGUUGACUCAAAUAUCUUUCCGUGUUUGUUAGAAAGUGUCUGAACAGCAUAGAACUGAAUACCAAUAAGUCACUGAAGUUUAAAGCCGUUUCAAAAUCUAUUAAAUCUACAAAAUUUUAUCUAGAAGGUUUUAAAGGAACGGUUCUCACCAAAAGGACUAAAAACAUGCAGCUUUUCAUGUCACAGGACGUUAAUUGAUGGAUUAGACACGUGAAUUAGGCUAUUUUGUGAAUUGUUUUUUUUUUUUUUAGCUGUUUGGACUCUCAUUCUGACAGCAGCCAUUCAACUGCAGAACAUCCAUUCAUUAACAAAUGGCGUAAUGCAAAAUUUCUCCAAAUGUGUUCCGGUUAAGGGCAUAAUUUGAAUGAUGAUACAGAUACUUUAUUUCUAAUGCAAUUACAUUCAGACAUUUUAAGUGUCCAAAUACUUGCUGAGGCUACUGUAUGUUUAUACAUAUACAAUUUCACAGAUAUCUCUUUAGACUGAGAAACUAUGCCCAGUGAAUAAACUGGUAGGAUGUCCCUGUAAAGCCUCCCAUCUUGUGCAACACUCCUGAAAUGGGGUUAACAUAAUAUUUAAUUGCUUGCUUAUGUUUGCAUAGUUUAGAUAUAUUAUUGCAUAAGUGAAUUUGGCUUGGUUUUCUCAACAUAUACAAUACUGUUCAAAAGUCUCUAAUGCUGACCAAGGCUGCAU